AUGAAGAAAAUUUGGAAGUCAGUUUUACGUGCGAUAAAAAGUCGUAAGUAUCAACAAAAAGCAAUUAAAUAUGCUGAAGAUGUGGAGAAAACCAAGACUAUUCAUCGAGCACCACGACAUCCAACGGAACAAAAACAUUUUCAAAAAGUUCAGGCCGACGAGAAAAUUACACAGAUUCUACGAGCACAAUGUGAUAAAGAUUUUGUAUUAAAAUUAAAUGAAGAACGUAGAGAUAUCUUAUUGCCUCAGAUUCUAGAAAGUUUGGAAAAGCAUCCGGCCAUGCAGAGGAUUGACACCGAAGCUUUUAACACAAUUUGGCAAUAUUUUAGACCUUUCGAGCGGAAGGAACAGCAAUAUAUUGUUAAAAGGAAAGAUAUUGAUGAACUUCGUGAUUUAAUGUUGGGCUUCCACAAAGAGCCGGAACUGCCAUCGUUUGAAAGUUUGAAAAGAAAGCGAGAGCAGAAGCUAGAAGCUGAAUUACAUGUUUCUUUGGAAGGACAUUUAAAUGAACAUGAAAAAGAAAGGCUGGAAAGAUUAGAAAAAAUGAAGGAAUUGAAAGGACAGGAAGACUUGCGACUUUCACAAGAACUAAAAAAGCUUGGUCUUAUGAACGAAGACAAAGAGCCGGAUGAAGCAGAUAAGGACCAUACAGAAAAACGACGCCUGGAGCAAGCGAAAUGA